AUAAAGCCAGGCAGGGCUGGAAGGAGUGACUGGCAACCGGAUCCCUGCGCUGAGAGCAAGAGAGAUUAGGAAAGCAAGCAAACUAGGAGUAGUGGAGGCCAAGACUGACCGGUAGCCAGACAGGUGGAAGAACAGACGGACGCUCUGACAGACUGACUGAGCAGGCUCCAGAGAACCUUCACUCAGGUUCCUCCCGCCUUUCCCUUUGAAAGACAGGAUUUUGCCUUUUGCUUGGUGCCCGAGAGAGAAUGCAGGACUCUGCUGACUUCAGUGCAAGCUUAGAUUUCUUAGCUAGAGAAGAAAGAUCAGCCCAAUUCUGAGAAGGGGGGAAGCAAGCUCCCUUGUCCCCAUUCCCCCUGCCCCCUCAGACCAAACUCGGGCGCCAAACCCAGCCCUUCCCUAACCACCCCACUUCCUCCUCUCUUUUCUAGCAUGGUGGCUUUAUGGACAGUCUGACAGAACAGAGACUGACAUCUCCCAAUCUGCCGGCCCCCCACCUGGAACACUACAGUGUUCUGCAUUGCACCAUGACCCUGGAUGUGCAAACUGUAGUCGUAUUUGCCGUGAUUGUAGUCCUCCUGCUUGUCAAUGUCAUACUCAUGUUUUUCCUGGGAACGCGCUGAAUGGAGUCCAGCCACCUGAGCUCUUGAGAACUCUUGUUUUGAUUUCAUCCCAGGAAUCACCGAGAAAAAAAUCUCAAGAUAGACAGAGACAGGGAAAGAGAGGGAGAGAAAAAGCAAGCUUUCUUACUCAGGGGGGAAAACGUUUUGAGCUUCAACAUGGCCUCGCUGUGAUAUGUAUGACGUUGCUGAUCACUGGAGAUUCCAUCGUUAGUGCUGAGGCAGUAUGGGAUCACGUCACCAUGGCCAACCGGGAGUUGGCAUUUAAGGCUGGCGACGUCAUCAAAGUCUUGGAUGCUUCCAACAAGGAUUGGUGGUGGGGCCAGAUCGACGAUGAGGAGGGAUGGUUUCCUGCCAGCUUUGUGAGGCUUUGGGUGAACCAGGAGGAUGGGGUGGAAGAAGGUCCCAGUGACAUGCAAAACGGACACCUGGAUCCCAACUCAGACUGCCUCUGUUUGGGCCGGCCACUGCAGAACCGUGACCAGAUGCGGGCCAAUGUCAUCAAUGAGAUCAUGAGCACUGAGCGUCAUUAUAUCAAGCAUCUCAAAGACAUUUGUGAGGGCUACCUGAAACAAUGCCGGAAGAGAAGGGACAUGUUCAGUGAUGAACAACUGAAGGUGAUUUUUGGGAACAUCGAAGACAUCUAUAGGUUUCAGAUGGGCUUUGUGAGAGACCUAGAGAAACAGUACAAUAAUGAUGAUCCACAUCUCAGUGAGAUAGGACCCUGCUUUCUGGAGCAUCAAGAUGGAUUUUGGAUAUACUCUGAGUACUGUAACAACCACCUGGAUGCCUGCAUGGAGCUCUCCAAACUGAUGAAGGAUAGCCGCUACCAGCACUUCUUUGAGGCCUGUCGCCUCUUGCAGCAAAUGAUUGACAUUGCUAUUGAUGGUUUCCUUCUGACCCCAGUGCAGAAGAUCUGCAAGUAUCCCCUACAGCUGGCUGAGCUCCUCAAGUAUACUGCCCAGGAUCAUAGUGACUAUAGGUAUGUGGCAGCUGCUCUGGCUGUUAUGAGAAAUGUGACCCAACAGAUCAAUGAGCGCAAACGGCGUUUGGAGAAUAUUGACAAGAUUGCCCAGUGGCAAGCCUCUGUCUUAGACUGGGAGGGUGACGACAUCCUAGACAGGAGCUCGGAGCUGAUUUACACUGGGGAGAUGGCCUGGAUCUACCAGCCCUAUGGCCGCAACCAGCAGCGGGUCUUCUUCCUGUUUGACCACCAAAUGGUCCUCUGCAAGAAGGAUCUUAUCCGGAGAGACAUCCUGUACUACAAAGGCCGCAUUGAUAUGGAUAAAUAUGAAGUAGUAGAUAUUGAAGAUGGCAGAGAUGAUGAUUUUAAUGUAAGCAUGAAGAAUGCCUUCAAGCUUCACAACAAGGAGACUGAGGAGGUACAUCUAUUUUUUGCAAAGAAACUGGAGGAGAAGAUACGCUGGCUCAGGGCAUUCAGAGAAGAGAGGAAAAUGGUACAGGAAGAUGAAAAAAUUGGCUUUGAAAUUUCUGAAAACCAAAAGAGACAGGCUGCGAUGACUGUGAGAAAAGUUCCUAAACAAAAAGGUGUGAAUUCGGCCCGCUCAGUUCCUCCUUCCUAUCCACCACCGCAGGACCCGUUAAACCAGGGUCAGUACCUGGUCCCUGAUGGCAUCGCUCAGUCACAGGUCUUUGAGUUCACCGAACCGAAGCGUAGCCAGUCACCAUUCUGGCAAAACUUCAGCAGGUUAACCCCCUUCAAAAAAUAAUACCUACAGGGAGGCAGAUAAUUUUAAAAUAAAGUAAA